ACACAAUAACCAUAAGAAACCCAACAAAAUAUAUGGCUUAUUAUCCUAUCUUUCUAGUAAUAGUUACUUUUCUCACAUUUUUAGUUGAAAGUUAUGGUGAUCCUCCUAAUUUGUUAUCAUCAUGGUGUAACAAAACACCAUACCCUAAACAAUGUGAAUAUUACCUUAGCCAUAACCAAUAUUCGCCCCCAAUUACAGGAAAAUCAGAUUUUCUUAAGAAGAUGAUGCAAAUUGCGUUACAAAAUGCUUUAAAAGCCCAUCAAAGUGCUAAUUCAAUAGAAUAUAGUUGUAAGGAUGAAAGAGAAAAGGCGGCGUUAAAGGAUUGUCUUGAGCUUUAUGAGUUAAGUAUCCAACACCUUAACCAAACUAUGUUCACCUCUAGUUGCACCCAAGUUGAUGCCCAAACAUGGCUUAGUUCAGCCCUAACCCUUUUCCAAACAUGCCAAAAUGGGUUUAGUGACUUGGGUGUUACCAAAAAUGUUAUGCCCAUGUUGUCUAAUGCUAACGUCUCAUGCUUGAUUAGUAAUGCACUUUCUAUUAAUGGGCCUGGGCCGAUUGGUAAUAAUUGGGACGAGCCCAAAGAUGGAUUCCCGGAUUGGGUUAGGCCCGGUGACCGGAAAUUGCUCCAAUCGUCGAGCACUCGAGCAAACCUAGUGGUGGCACAAGACGGUUCGGGGAACUACAAGACCAUAGGGCAAGCAAUAAGUGGUGCCUCUGGGAGAAAAGGGGGUGGGAGGUUUGUGAUUUAUAUAAAGGCAGGAAUUUAUAAGGAGAAUUUGGAAAUAGGGAGUAAUUUAAAGAAUAUUAUGUUUUUAGGGGAUGGAAUAGGGAAGACUAUUAUCACUGGAAGCAAAAGUGUUGGAGGUGGUGCCACUACCUUCAGAUCAGCUACGGUUGCCGUAGUAGGCAGUGGUUUCAUGGCACAAGGAGUAACUUUCAGAAACACAGCCGGUCCAUCAAACCACCAAGCUGUAGCCCUCCGGUCAAACUCAGACCUCUCAGUGUUCUACAAAUGCAGCUUUGAAGGAUACCAGGACACUCUAUACGUUUUCUCAAACCGCCAAUAUUAUCGUGAAUGUGACGUUUAUGGAACCGUAGAUUUUAUAUUUGGAAACGCUGCUGUGGUUAUGCAAAACUGCAACAUUUAUACAAGGUUUCCACCCGCUGGGACAAACACAAUUACAGCCCAAGGCCGAACUGACCCGAAUGAGAACACCGGUAUAUCGAUCCAUAAUUGUCGGGUCAGCUCGGCAGAAGACCAAAGAGGGUCCAAGACUUACUUGGGCCGGCCUUGGCAAGCAUAUUCACGAACUGUUUUUAUGAAGACAUAUAUGAGCAGUAUAGUUGACCCAAAAGGUUGGCUAGAGUGGAGUGGCAAUUUUGCCCUUAACACUUUGUACUAUGGGGAGUACGCAAAUACGGGUCCUGGGUCGUCCACGUCAAAUCGGGUCAAUUGGAAGGGUUAUCAUGUGUUAACAACUGCUGCUGAGGCUGGGAAAUUCACAGUUGGGAAUUUUAUUGCUGGGAAUUUCUGGUUGCCUAACACUGGUGUGCCUUAUAUGUCCGGGCUUUAGGUGAUUACGACUUACAACACAUAUAUACGCUCAUAGCAUGAUAAUUUCUUUAAUAAAUAGUUGAUUAGUUGCAAUACAUUAAACGUACAAGUGAUAAAAGUGAAGGGUAUAACAAAUAUAUUGUGUAUAGAUUAUUUGUAUUGAAAUACACUCUGGAGUCCGCAUACAAAUUAAUACAAACCUCGCGCGAUAUAA